UUAACCUGCACCCGGCAGAGCUCAGGCUCAUGAUAGCAUCACGCCCCCGUUUCCUAACUGAAGGCACGUCGUCUUGAGCUCCAUCACGACGAAAGACCCCCUUCUCUCUCUCUCCGUCGUCGUCCAAUUACAGACCCAUAAACUGCGCCCCGUGGCUCACGUUAGAGCUAUCCCUAAUCUCCAUAUUCACCAGAUCCCAUAUCUCAUCGGUUCCACAAUCAAAUGCGUCCCUUUAGAUUCUCAUGCAUCGCUCGGUGCUAACCUGCGCCGGCCGAAGGAAAUAGUAGACAUGGCGGACCGCCGCCGGAUUCUGCGCCCGCGGCCGCCGAGGUGUGAGGGUUCGGCCGGGAGCUGCUGGCGGCGUGCAUGACGUGUCCCCUCUGCAAGAAGCUCCUCAGAGACGCGACCACAAUCUACGAGUGUCUUCACACGUUUUGCAGGAAAUGCAUUCUAGAGAAGCUAACAGAUGAGGAGGUUGACUGCUGUCCAAUAUGCAAUAUUGAUUUAGGUUGUGUUCCAGUAGAAAAACUCAGGCCAGAUCACAGUUUACAAGAUGUAAGAGCAAAGAUUUUCCCCUUCAAAAGGAGAAAGGUCAAUGCUCCUGAAGUUGCAGAGGCAAUAACAUUGCCUGUUAGAAGAAAGGAAAGAUCACUUUCUUCAAUAGUGGUCAAUACUCCUCGAGUACCAACACACUCCGGGUUAACAGGAAGGAGAACGAAAGUUAUGACGAGAAGGGCCUCUAGCUUACGUGGACGAAGCCCUCUUAUUGAUGAACCCAUCAAGAAAGAAGGCAAUAAUGUUGAUGAUCAUAUAGAGAACUCAAGCUCGGCUGAAACUCUGAUCAAGAUGACCCAAAAUAAGAGGCAGGGUUCUUCUAAUGCUGAGCCAUCAAAUGAAACAAUUAAUAGCGAUUUAGAGAACGGCGGAGAAAGCUUCAGUGAUAAACCUGAUCUUUGGAAACCUCUAAAUUGUUUGGUUGAAGCAGCCAAUAGAACAAGGGGUCUCAAGUCAGGUCCACCAAGUCCAGUUAUUAAGGCAGAACAAAGCAAUGAUCAUGAUAAUGAAGUUGAUUUGCGUAAAGGCAAGAUGAAGGAUUAUCCAAAAAAAUUGAGAGUUCUUGGUGACAAGAAUGUCGAUGGCAGUGGGCCCAUUCCGCCAGCUGUCAAGACUAGAAGAAGACGGAGAAGGAGAGAUCUUGGAACCUCCACUCAGGCUCUGAUUGAUGCUGCACUUGCCACACGAGCAAGGAGGAUUUGUCCAAUAUGGCUUUCCUUAGUUCCGUCGUCUGACCCGCAAAGGGAUCUAACACUGCCUCAAAAUUCUGCCUGCUACUUAAGAAUUAAAGACGGCAAUCUACCAGUUUCUUUUAUCCAAAAGUACCUCGUGAAGAAAUUUAGUCUUUCGAAUGAAACUGAGGUGGAGAUCGAGUGUCAAUGUGAGCGCGUGGACCCUGCAUCAUCAUUGCUCAGCUUGGCCGAUAUCUGGCUGCGAAAUAAACAAAUUCAAAGAACGCAGGUAUCACUCGGCGCCUCAGCCAAGGAUUUCGUUUUGGUGUUGAACUACAAUUGCAAGACUCCAACCACUUGAGAAUGGGUCUCCAAUUUUACAUGGCUUUUAUAAAGUCUUCCUUUAAUUUGAUCAUUAAAAUCUUGUUGAGAAACUUGAUAUAUGCUUCUGAGAGAACAUUUGUCUUCAUACUCAUUCAGAUUUGUACGGAGUAAUCUGUGCAAUUGAGAAGGAUAUGAUAAUGGUUGGGAGCAAUUAAGAAGGAUAUGAUUAUAGUUUACUUAACGGAGGAGGUGAUCUAUAAUAGAAUAAAAUGAAAGAAUAAAAUUUAUGUAUAUGAUCACAUAUAUUUGGGAUAAAGGCUUUAUUGCUGUUGUUGUACUGAAUAAUUCUGCACAGUGAUUUGUCAACAGGUGAGAUUGAUGUAUUUUUGUUCAUAUUUGUGAAGAAUAAUUUACAUUUGUUCUUAUGCUUAAAAGUGGCUAUACUAUUGUC